UAUACGUACAUUGCGUUAUUGAUAUUCGCGUCAAACACAAUAUUAAUGUGUUCGCUGGGUUUUCUUAUUGUAACUGCUCUUGGUACUGACGAUGUUGUGGAGCAGAUGAUGAAAUGUCUUUUGUUUUUCAUGUCAACAAAUCUGGAGGCAUUCAUAUUUUGUUACGCCGGAGAAUAUUUAAAUAGUAAGAGCAAAGAGAUCGGAUUUGCAACGUAUAAUUGUGCAUGGUACAAUUUGAAAUCUAAAGACAGUCGCAUUUUGUUAUUCAUAAUAUUAAGAUCACAAAAACAAUUGACGCUAACAGCUGGCAAGAUAAUGGAUCUCACCUUAGAAUCCUUUACAAGUAUUAUGAAUGCUUCGGGAUCCUAUCUAUCAGUAUUGUUGGCGAUGCAAUAAAUAUCACGUUCAUCUCAACAAUUUUUAAUCAAUAGUCGUGAAGCGGGUAC